GCAAAAGGUGUAAAGGGCGCUGUAAAGGGCCACCAGGUUCUGAGCAAAAAGAAAGUCCUCUUCCACGACUCGGACUCGUCCUCGCCAAGCAGCGAAGACGACCAGGAAGACGGCGGUGCCGCUCUCGCCUCGGCGUCGGCCUCUCAGCUCAAGAUCAACGAUGAGUAUGCCUGCAAAUUCGAGCACAACAAGAAGCGCGAGGAGCUUCAGCGGCUCGAGGAAAAGUACAAGACGGCCAACGCCUCCGACGACUCGGAGUCUUCCGAGGACGAGACAGAAGACGAUGAAGCCGUCCUGGUCACCGAGGAUCUUGAUGCCGAGAUCUCGGCCACUCUGAGGGCCAUCAAGAAUAAGGACCCCAGGAUAUACGACAAGGACGCCGUUUUCUACAAGCCAAUCGACCCUGAGGAUGAGCCCGUCAAGGAGAAGGAGGAGAAGCCGCUUUUCCUUAAAGACUACCACCGCGAGAGGUAUCUGCGCGGCGACGUUGGUGUCGACCUGGAAGACGAGGCCGACCCCGACGUUCCGAUGACGUACGCGCGGGAGCAGGCUGAUCUCAAAAAGUCGAUCCUGUCCGAGAUCAACGCCGCUGCCGAAGACGAGGGGUGGAGCGACGAUGACGCCUUCAUCAAGCCCACCCAGAAGAAGGAAGAGGCGCCAGAAAACGGCAUACAUCCGUCACCGGCAGUCGCUAUCAAGCUCACCGAGGUAGAUGUUAAGAAAGCCGACGAGGAUCCCGAGGAGUUCCUCAGCAAAUUUAUGGCCUCCAAGGCCUGGGCUCCGCCAAAGGGCUCAAAGUGGGAGGCGUUUGAGUCAGACGAGGGGGACGACGACGACGACGACGACUUAGCCGACCAGGUUGAACAUGCCUACAACAUGAGAUUCGAAGACCCGGCCAAAGCCAACCAGGUGUUGAAGUCGUACUCCAGAGACGCCGCCAACGCUCGCUCUGUCAGAAAGGAGGAGCUCAAAGGCCGCAAAAGGCUGAGGCAGCUCGAGAAGGAGAAGAAGGAAGCUGAGAAGAAACAGCGAGAGGAAGAGCGCGCUCGGCUCCGCCGCCUGAAGGUUGAGGAGGCCUCGGACAGGCUCGCCAAGAUUAAGAAAGCUGCUGGGAUCAGCGGCAAAACUCUCACCGACGAGGAGUGGGUCAAGUUCCUAGAUGACGCAUGGGACGAUGACAAGUGGGAGGAGGAGAUGACCAAGCGCUUUGGCGAGGAUUACUAUGCCGAAGCGGACGAGCUAUGGCGUGCAGAGGAGGAGCAGUACUCCGACGGGGACGAUGAUGAGGACAGCGGGGCUGACGAUGGCAAGGACGGGAAGAAGAAGAAGGCGAAGAAAACCAAGCCUAAGAAGCCAAAGUGGGACGAUGAUAUAGACAUCAAGGACAUCAUCCCCGACUUUGAGGAUGACGAAGUGCCCAAAGUCAGCCUGUCCGACGACAAAGCAACACCCGAGGCAGCGGCAGCAGGAGGAUCCGAUGAGGACGACGACGCGUCGGAAGCCGAGCGGCCCUCGAAAAAGCGCAAGACGGCUACAAAAGACCUCAAGAAAGAGCGCAUCGCGGCCCAGCGCCAGGCGCGCGAGGAGCUGGCCAAGGUCGAGGCCCUCGUCGAUACCAAGAUGGAGCUCGAGAACCCGCGCAUCCUGGCCGCCUCGCCGUCCAAGAAAGGCGGCGCCUCGGGCGAUGUGCCGACCUUCCGCUACCGCGAGACGUCGCCCAACGUGUUCGGCAUGACGCCGCGCGACAUCCUACUCGCGCCCUCGGACGCCGCGCUCAACGAGUUCGCCGGCCUCAAGAAGCUCGCCACCUUCCGCGACGCCGAGAAGAAGCGCAAGGACAAGAAGCACCUCGGCAAGAAAGCCCGCUUGCGCCAGUGGCGCCGCGAGACCUUUGGCCGCGAGUUCGAGCACACCGGCCCCACGUUUGGUUUUGACGGCCUGCCCGAGGCAACCGGCGCCAAUGCCGCCCAGCCGCAACAACAAGAGCAAAAGCAAGAGCAGCAGGUACAGCAACCUCCUCCUGCCGCCGCUGCCGCUGCCGGUGCGGAUAACAUCGUCAACGGGGAGCGGAAGAAGAAGCGCAAGCGGUCCAAG